AUGCAGCGAAAAUCGCACCUUGUGGCCGUGUCAUGUGUCAUAGCGGUACUUCUGGCGCAGGCGGCGUUGGCGCAGUCCCCGACACAUUCAGGACUGCAGCCAGGUGGCAAGCUAAUUGAACUGGACGAGGACAACUGGCACCGCAUGCUGCAGGGCGAGUGGAUGAUUGAGUUCUUUGCUCCAUGGUGCCCGGCCUGCAAAAAUCUGGCUCCCACCUGGGAGCGAUUUGCACGCGUAGCCAAAGAUGUUCAGGUCCAAGUGGCCAAGAUCGAUGUCACAACCUCGCCUUCGCUCAGCGGACGCUUCUUUGUAACGGCUCUGCCGACCAUCUACCACGUUAAGGAUGGUGAGUUCAGACAGUAUAGAGGAGCACGCGAUGGCGAUGCUCUGUUGUUCUUCGUUAAGAAGAAGCAGUGGGAGAGCAUUGAACCGCUUUCCGCCUGGAAGAAGCCCGACACAAUCCACAUGUCCGUGCUGUCCUAUUUCUUCAAGUUAUCGCACACUCUGAAGCACACGCAAAAACUCUUUAAGGACUUCAACGGGCGCCUGCAGGAAGAGUAUGGACUGCCCACCUGGGGCUCUUACGCCCUCUUCGCCAUCGCAACCAUCUUUGUCGGCGCCGCCCUGGGGCUGAUGCUUGUGUGCCUUGUGGACUUUGUGUAUCCACCCAAGAAAUCUCAACGUCAGAGCUUCUCCGAGUCGCAGGAACACCUUGCCGACGGCGUCGAGGACCUGGCCACGGAGGAGAUCGAGGACGAUGCCGAGGCGGAACAGAACGAGGAUAGCGACGAGGAGGAACAAGAUGAUGACGACGAGGAGGACAAUGAAGAGGAGGACAGCGAAGAGCAGCCCGGUGAUGCUCCGUCUCAGGAAAAGGAUGCGGAUAGUGAGCCGGAGAAAGUUGAGGAGCCUGAACCCAAGCAAGUUGGAGAUGCUGCGCCCGAAAAGACGGAGCCGGUGCGAAAGCGCAAGCCCCGUAAGGGCGAUUAGAUUCAGCACGAUCCCUUGAGGAUCCGCCUUAGCGAUCAGAAGCGGCAACAAAAAGACUAACACAGAAUCGAGAAAAACACAACCUCUUCAAAAUAUAGUUUUAGCAGAUUGGCCUGCAUUUCGCACAAAACUGAUUGUUUAACCUGUUUUGCCUGCACUUAAUCCUAGCCAGAAUCAUAAUCGGGCAAAAAAUCAUUGUUCGGCCGAGCUGGCGACUCAUGUAUUUCUAAAACCUAAAACCUAAACAAAAAUUAUAUAACUAUAAACGCAAAAAAAAAAAAAACAAACGUAACAAUAACUAAAUAUAACUUUAGUCGUACAUUUCAUUUUCGUUUUUGCCAAGCAUUGUAUUUUGGGUUCAUAUCGAUUUUCUUCACAAUAAUGAAUAAUUUCUCAGUUUAAGCAUUUCAUUUGUAAUUGAAUUUCAAUCAAAUUGCAAAUUGUAUUAAAUUUUCGUAUUACAAAAUAAAAUAUAAAAAACAAAGCAA